AUGCAUUCCCCCUCGUCGUCUUUUUCUCUCAGCGCGUGUGUGCAGUAUAUUUUCUUCGCAGUCGUGGUAUAUGUACUGGCCGGUGCGCCGUUGAAUUCCGUAUUCAGCAAUGGCGAUACGGACUCGUAUUCCGGCCCGCUGAAUACGAGCGCGGAUCAACUUCGCGAUAUCGUGAUUCCCACUAAGAACCUAAGUUGUCCGGAUCAUGCGUACAAGGGCGUGCAUGUGCUUAGUCGCGAGCCGUUGGUAGUCUACAUCGAGGGGUUUCUGAGCGAGAUGGAGAGGGGGGAUGUUCUUGCUAUGAGCGAGCCAAACUUCAUCCCGUCAACAAUCUUCUCCGCCGGCCACGAAACGCUAGACCCUCUCAUCCGGCACUCCGAAAAAUCACCCCUCCCACCCUCCUCCACCACAACGCAAUGCAUCGCCGACCGCGCACGCCGCUUCCAGGGCUGGCGCCCCUUCGUCUUCGUCGAAAAACUCUGGGCGCAGCGAUAUCACACGGGCGGGCAUUACACAUACCACUACGACUGGUCGACCGCGACGCCCAAGUCCGGGCGCGUGUCGAGCUUUAUGGUGUACGUUGCUGCGAACUGCACGGGCGGGGGAACGCAUUUUCCACGUUUACAGAAGCCGCGAGGGGAGGAGUGGUGUAGAUUCAUCGAGUGUGGGAUUGAGGAUGAGAGGUUGAAGGAGGGUGUGGUGUUCAAACCCGUCGCGGGCAAUGCAGUGUAUUGGGAGAAUAUGAGGGGUGAUGGAAGUGGAUACGCGGAGAGUUGGCAUGCGGGGUUGCCGGUGGAGAGUGGGACGAAGGUUGGGUUGAAUGUUUGGAGUUGGUUACAGGUUGGAUAUGUGCCGGGGGAGGUGGCUGAGGAAAAGGCGGAAUUAUAG